AUGCUCAUCGUCCCUCCCCGCAGCGCGAGCGCGCUGCUGUCCGUCUCCUACCCGCAGAUCUUCCUCAUCCUCACCAGCGGCAGCUACCUGGCACUGUCCUCGGUGGUGGCUCUGGGCACCAACAUCAUCUGCAACAAGAUACCAGGAUUGGCGCCCCGUCAGAGGGCCCUUUGUCAGAGUCGCCCCGAUGCCAUCAUCGCCAUCGGCGAAGGUGCCCAGCUGGGUCUCAACGAGUGCCAGCACCAGUUCCGGUACGGCCGGUGGAACUGCUCGGCUCUGGGAGAGAAGACGGUCUUCGGACAAGAGCUGAGAGUAGGCAGCAGGGAGGCGGCGUUCACGUAUGCCAUCACCGCAGCCGGAGUUGCCCAUGCGGUGACCGCAGCUUGCAGCCGAGGCAACCUUAGCCAGUGCGGCUGCGACCGCGAGAAGCAGGGCUACCACGACCGGGAGGAGGGCUGGAAAUGGGGGGGCUGCUCGGCCGACGUCAAGUACGGCGUGGAGUUUUCUCGCCGCUUUGUAGACGCUCGUGAGAUAAAAAAAAACGCCCGCCGCCUGAUGAACCUACAUAACAACGAGGCGGGUCGAAAGAUCCUGGAGGAGAGAAUGAAGCUGGAGUGCAAGUGUCACGGCGUCUCCGGCUCCUGCACCGCUAGGACCUGCUGGAUCACCCUGCCGAAGUUCAGGGAGAUCGGACACAUGCUGAAGGAGCGCUACAGCGAAGCAGUUCAAGUGGAGCCGGUCCGGGCCUCGCGCCUCAGACAGCCUUCCUUCCUGCGUCUUAAAGAGGCUCGGGACUACCAGAAGCCCACGGACACGGACCUCGUGUACCUGGAGCGCUCUCCCAAUUACUGCGAGGAGGACACGGCCACGGGGAGCACAGGGACAAGAGGCAGAAUGUGCAACGGCACGUCGACCCACACGGACGGCUGCAACGUGAUGUGCUGCGGCCGGGGUCACAACACGCACCACUACACACGGGUGUGGCAGUGCAACUGCAAGUUCCAGUGGUGCUGCUCCGUCAAGUGCAACACCUGCAGUGAGAAAUCCCAGGUUUUCACCUGCAAGUAG